CUGCUCACCUUCAGCGGAGGAUAAAAGUCCAACUUUGUCCAGAGGAUAAAAGCACAGCCUGUUUGUGCAGGUUCAGUUUCAUUGAGACACCAGAAACAUGAGGUCCUAUCUGCUGCUGCUGCUGCUGCUGCCGCUCUGCUCAGCCAAACACAGCAUUCGCUGUUACGGCCACGACUUCCUGAUGGUGCAGAACAUGGAGCUGCAGUGCACGAGCGCGGAGCAGCAGGCCUGCUACACCACACGUACCGGAGAGAAAGGCUGCACCGUGCUGAAGAUGUGCUCCAAACCCGGCUGGACCUGCUGCAACACCGACCUUUGUAACAACUGAUGCUCCAAACCCGGCUGGACCUGCUGCAACAUCGACCUUUGUAACAACUGAUGCUCCAAACCCGGCUGGACCUGCUGCAACACCGACCUUUGUAACAACUGAUGCUCCAAACCCGGCUGGACCUGCUGCAACACCGACCUUUGUAACAACUGAUGCUCCAAACCCGAUUGGACCUGCUGCAACAUCGACCUUUGUAACAACUGGAUACAGCAGCUGCUUGUGUUUGUGGGGGGGAGGGAUGGAUGGAUGGGUGGAUGUUUAACAUCUCUGGACUUUGAGUCAUCAGUCGUAUUUGGGCAUUUCUGGACUUUACUUUGUUAAAUCUAAGCCUCUGCUGGUUUGUGAAUGUUGAAACUUUUGUGGCUGCAGAAUAAAAGCUGAAAUUUU